CUGAUCACAGUUUGUCUUUGAAGUUUAUGCAGGUUAAACCUUCUUUUCAUCCUUUGGAUCUCAACGAUGUUUGUGUGCUCGGGUUACCCAAUUGUCCCUUCCAUGAGCAGCAAUCCUUUUUAUUUGAAUUGCCAGCUGUAUGGAAAAUCUGAUUACUGCCUCGUCCUGCUGAAUAACUGCUUAGCCAAGGUGGGCAGGAGCGAAGAACUGGCUCUUUUAAAGCCUUACCUGGAGAUGCCUAUCAAUAAACGGUCCUUUCGCAAUGGUGUUGGAUCAGGAAUUAAAAAAACUUCCUUUCGAAGAGCAAAGUCAUAAGCAAGUGUUCCAAACCAUACUCUUGAUUUUAGCAUUUGACGCUUAACUUUGUGCUUAAAAUCAUUUUAAUGCUUUUCUCUGAUAAAGCUAACAGAGACAAAUGUACCCGUGUCUUCAUCUUGUAAACAGAUGUUUAUUUCAAAGAGCACAAGCCAAGUGGAGCAGAUGGAAUUGCUCAGAACAGGCUUUGUUUCCAAAGUUACAGUAUCAUAAAGUUUUGUAUGGAAAUGAAUGUUUUCAUUCAGUUAAUUCCCCUUCUUUGUAAAGCUACAGAUUUAAUCAGCUUGCUCUUGAUUAAUACAAAAAUAGCCGUGUGCUUUUCCUAGCAGGGCACACGCAGCCUGCCUGCAGCACCUACAGCAUUGCUACCACCACCUGCACCCCGCAAACCAGUCCCAAACCCCAUUUUCUUGCAGACAGCUGCCCCACCAGCCUUAGUGCACAUUUAAAAGACAUUUAAUUUCAGAUUUCCGAAAGGUGUGAUGGGCCAAUGGUGAAAGACAGAAUCUGGCCCUGCUUGUAACUUCUUGUUUCUUUUUAAUAUAGUUAUUUAAAAUGAUUUUACCAGGGAAUAAUCUCUUGAUAUGUGUCAUCUCAUUUCCAGAAGAGUCCUGGGAAAUCACUGUAAGGCAGGGUAUCAGUGCAGCUCCCUCUGCCUCAAUUAAUUGACUUAGGUAGGCAAUGCACAUCUGAAAUCAUGAAAAACAUGAAACGAGCCCAAUGUGGUUUCUGCUCAUCAGCUGAAGUUGUGGUGCAGUGAUUAACAACGCUCUUUUAAAAUUUCCUGUUAAGAAUAAUAAUUAAAAAAAAGAAACGAGAGUGAUUUGAUCUGAAAAUAUGUAAGUGUUGUGUGCAGGAAAGGUAAUCUGCUGAGUUACGUACGUGUGAGUUUUACCUUGUGGCUAUCUCCUCCUACGAGCUGUAACCUUGCUUUGAAAAUGUUGCAGUGUCCAUGCAAUGCUUUUUGAAUUCAAAGCUAAGAUAAUAAACAAGUAUAUGGAUCCUUUCUAAUAUUUCCCGAUUAAAUAUCACGAUGCAGGAGAACAUUAUUCAAUGUGGAAUAAGGUCAGGUAGCAUCAUCAAGUCCAAUCAAUGCUGAUAACAUCCCCACAUUUUGCACCCCUCAGCUCAUGGAGAAAGGUGACAUGAGCACGGAGCGGUGCAAGUGUGGUUACGGGGUUCCUGGACAGCAGGAGAUUAAACACGCUCCUCUCUGCACAUGUUCACGCUGAAAUGGCUGAAGCAUCGUGCUUUUAAAACCUGCUCAAACGCUUCCACUCCUUUUGGGCUCUGUUGCCGUCAAGGUCACUCACACAGCUCUUAGUCAAGUGGCACCUAGAGACCUUUACAAGUCUGUAAGGAAAAUGUUAGGUGGCAAUUAUUCCCAUGCAAUUAUUCUGACUUGUGAGCUGUCUGGGUGGGAGGAAGCACAGGUCAGCAAACACGGCGGCACGCAGGCGUUUGGUUGUGGCAGGGAACCUGCCCUCCUUCAUUCCUGGCUGCUGGGAUUUCAGAUGUGGCAGAUGUUCUGCCAAUGCAAGCUGCUAACUUGAAAACUCUCCAGAACAGCCCAGGAAGCAAUGUUUUAACGUGCUUGGCCGUGUGAAAAUGAAGGCUAGGUGGGCAUCCUGCGCCAUCUCCAUGCAGCAUGUGGGUAGGGGUUGCCGAUAGCUGUGCCUAACACAGCUCCAGGGUCCCAACAGCGGUGUGCUUUCCUUUUCAUUUCUUAAGAAAAAGAAGUUAUUGGGAUUUAAUCGUGCCCUUGUGCAGACAUAAGGUGUGUAUUUCCAUCCGUGCGUGUCUCUGCCUUCCGCAGCACAGUGGCUUUUUGCUGCAGUGCAGACACCUGGGGGCUCUGACCCGCUCCCCGCAGCGCCCAGCACCACCUGGCUCCUUUUUCAGGGAAAAUAAAUAAAUAAAUAAAUAGAUAAAUAAAAGUCCAGAUUCAGCUUUCUCUUUGGGUUUUCAAAUCCACUAUGGUAAACUUUUUUUUUUUUUUUUUUCUGCUUAAUGAAAUAUGUUUCUGCCUUGGUAAGAUCUGAUAAACUUGGUUGUCUCUAAGCCACCAGAGCUAUACGUGUAGCUUUGAAAAUCAGCCUCUUCCUUUUUGUUUAUUGUGCAGGUGUACAACCAACCCAUUUAUAGUGUUUUGGCAAGUGCCUCUGAGCGGAGUAU